AUCGGCUCGCCUUGUUUAUUCUUUCUUUUGCAAAUAUCCUUCAGCGGAUUUAUUUUCUUUUGUUCGUUCAAGUCCAUUAAUCCACUUUGCCUGGGCCAUCUUUCUGCGGCAGGCUCCUUCCCGUCUCUUUCUCCGGCGACAUCGGAACUAUGUUUGACGAGUGUUUCUCUCUUUUGUUGGUUCAGGUAAUCAGUUUGACUGCAACUGCUUGAAGGAUUGGGUCACCUUGGGAAAAUGAAAAGGGGAGCACAUGUAAAGUGGGAUGAGGCAAACUUGGGAGAAAUUGAAGCAAAUAAACCAGUGAGGCAGAAAAUAACUGAACCAAAGACACCAUAUCACCACAUGAUCGAUGUUGAUGGAUCUUUAUCUCCUAUACGGGGUAGUUUUGAGGAGGACAAUGGUGAUGCAGUACAUGCAGAAGCUAUACGCACUGCAUUGAAUGAGGUGGCUUCUUCUAGUAAGAAUAAAUCCCAACGGUCUGGCUGGACGUCAUCUGAGGAUGAAGCCGAUGUUAUGGACCAAGAUGAUGCAGAUUCUGGAUCAGAAAAGGGAAAGAGCUUCAAGGAGCACAGGCGAGCACACUAUGAUGAAUAUAGGAGAGUCAAAGAACUCAGUCGAAAGGGCUCCUUUCUUGAAGAAGCAUCAGACGGUGAGGAUGAGGAUCUUGAGAAAAGGGAUGGGAGGUCUGAUUUAUCAUCAUCAUUGACUACUGCUGUCGAGGACAUUGAGAUUAAGGAAGGCAGCAUGGACACUUCUAAAUAGCAUUCUUUUCCAGCCCAUCGAGCUUGGAUCAUCCACAAGUACAUUGUUGAUUUGAUCUUACUUCCAUGCUCCUUUUGUGUAUAUCAACUUAACUUCUGUUUGUAACUAUGUAAAGGUCUCAACCUUCAAGAUGAUUUCUGACAUAUCGAAUGGCACAUCUCAGUUAGAUUUCUGUUUCUGCCAUCACUUCUUGGCUUAGAUAAUAUUCUAAAAUCCAAAUUUUCGUA